AUGGCCAUCUCUUCCCUCGUCCGUCGGGGUGUGGAGGCUGUCUCAGACAUAAGCUCUCAGCAGCCUGCUCCGAACCAACCCACCAUCCAUUUUGCGGGAUGGCUAUCCGCCCUGUUCGUCUUCACGGUCCUGGCCUUUAUCGCAAUUGGCUUUUCGGUGGAAUACACAUACGGAAUGCUGAUCCCGACCCUCGCCGCUAUUGAAGACUCAAACCCCGAUAUCUACGUCCGUAUCGAUACCAACCACGAUGCUAACAAGCCGGUCGAUGCGAGCGAGCCUGACGUCGACCCGGAGAUUGAAGCUCCCCGUCCGCAACCCAUCACCAGCAAACUGCGCACCACCAUUCAGCACCUGCGGAAUCGUGCCGGCUUCUUGUCCCGGUUCCGUGGUCUGAGCAUGCUCACCACUUAUGGUAUCGCGCAAGUGAUGGUGCUCUCGAUCAUGCCUUUCUCCAUCGACGCCUUCCUCUCUCAGUUCUUCGUCAGCAUGAUCACCAGCGUCCUCUUGGCCAACCUCCAGUUGGCGUGGGUUCACAUCGUCAUUUCCGAGCCCUCUCCCAAGCGCUUCUACCAGCGGAUCCCCGGCUUUGACGCCUGGAAGAAGAUUGCUCCGGUCGUUGCUUUCGAACAUACCGUCACCGCUGCCGCCUACUAUAUCCCUCUCGCUUUAAUUAGUGCUUGCGGUGGCUUCAAGGGUGCUGAGAACCCCACUGACGGUGAUGCCCCGGCUAAGACUAUUGCGAGCGCUGCUACGCUGGUCGCCCUGCCUGCUCUUCUUUCUUUUGUGGUCUCCAUCCCAGCCCGCGCUAUCUUCAUCCGCGUGGCUGCGUCCAUGCUUCCCGAGGAGCACGAGUCCAUCGUGCCUUUCGACCGUUCCUUUGGCGGCAAGGUCUCCCCUGCUAUCGUGGGAGGCAGCGGAAAACUGAGCAUCAUGGAUGCCUGGAAGACCUUUGAUCGACCCGCUCUGACGCGCUUUGUCAAGGCCAUUGCCAAGGGCUUCGCCAUUGAGGUUGCCGUGGUUGCGCUCUUCGGUACACUGCUGAUUGUCCAGGUUUGGGCGGGAGCCGUGACCUAUGGUUUCACUGGAAACAACGCCUAA